GGUCAUGGCUUUCAGUCAGGGAGAGCGUCAGAGCCCUCUUGAAAGAAGAAAAAUCUCACUUUUUCUCUCUAACUGCGAGAUUGCGAAACCCUAGAAAUUAAUUCUCUUUUUCGCGUAUUCCGGUCAAUCGUAGUUGGCCAUUUGUUUCCUCAGUCACAAAGCAUUCUCUAUGAGACUAUGAUGUAAAUGCGUGUGCACAUAUUCUCUCUUCUUUUGCUGUUUGGUCUCCGAGAAAAGGAUAGUUCUUGCAAAUCAUGGAUAUGGAUCUAUGGGGCUCAUCAUAUCAUCAAGUUGCACAUGAAAGCAGUUACAGUAUGCUUCCUGGAUGGCAGUGUGACUUCUACAUUGGUUAUGGAUAUGAUGUGAUAGAAGAGGAUGCUUUGAAUGAGAAAUCUUGUAUACAAGUGUUAAGGAUAUUGAUAACAAAGGCAGAUACUGAAAUUGAUGAACUUGAACAAGAUCUUGUAUCCCUUCAAAGUCAACUAGCCUUGGCCGAACACGAGGAAUGGCCUGAAUUAUGCUGUAAUGCUCUGACAGAGAAGAUUAAUUGCCUUGAUAUUUCAAUAAGAAGUUUGAAGAAUACAGAUGAGAAUGAUAUUGAGGUUCAGUUACUAAUGCAUAAAGAACCUGCUGAGAGAGUACAUGAAAUAGUGAGGGUUCUGCUCACAAAUUAUUUCCAAGAGAAAGAUGAGCAGCCUCUCGAUGCCAUUGCCUUGGACUCGAGCUCAAAUGUUCCAAAGCAUGCUGCUAGCCUAUUGGAUGAGAAUGAAAUGUUGAGCAAUUUUGAUUCAAGUAUAAGCAUGAAGGAAGAAACCAAGGAAUCCAGUAUUACAGGAAAAUGUACUGGCUCAAAUUUAUCUUUGAAGCUUCAAGAGAAGAAAUCAAAUUAUCCAGAAACAAUUAAGCCUGAAGACAGUACAAUAAAAAAUUCAAGUGAAGAUGCUUUGCCGCAUGCAAUUGACCACUCCAACAAGAAGGAAAAGUUGAGCAGUCCUAAUCUGAAAAUCAUGGGUGAGGAGAUUAAAGAACACAAUUCCACUCCUACGGUGGAUGAUAUUCUUUUAGGGUCAUCAUCCAAUUCUGAGGGAGAGAGAACAGAUCAUGGUAAAGAGGUCAAGCCUCUCGAUGCCAUUGCCUUGGACUCGAGCUCAAAUGUUCCAGAACAUGCUGCUAGCCUAUUGGAUGAGAAUGAAAUGUCGAGCAAUAUUGAUUCAAGUAUCAGCAUAAAGGAAGAAACCAAGGAAUCCAGUAUUACAGGAAAAUGUUCUGGCUCAAAUUUAUCUUUGGAGCUUCAAGAGAAGAAAUUAAAUUAUCCAGCAACAAUUAAGUCUGAAGACAGUACAAUAAAAAAUUCAAGUGAAGAUUCUUUUCCGCAUACAAUUGCCCACUCCAACAAGAAGAAAAAGUUGAGCAGUCCUAAUCUGAAAAUCAUGGGUGAGGAGAUUGAAGAACACAAUUCCAUACCUACGGUGGAUGAUAUUGUUUUAGGGUCAUCAUCCAACCCUGAGGGAGAGAGAACAGAUCAUGGUAAAGAGGUCAAGCAUGCAAAAACUAUCGGGAAAGGUUCCAGCUCUGAUUCUAUUAGGGAUGCAGCUGGCCGCCCCCUUGGCAAAUGUGACUGGAAUGUUAGUGGAAAUGAGGAAGUCAGAGAGUACAAUUCUGCUGCUACCGAUAAAUUGAAAAUCUUAAAUUCAUCUUCAAACCCUAAAGGCGAGGGAAAUCUUCCGAAAACAGACAAGCGAACAAAUGCUACUGUUACAAGCAGUAGUGCAGAGGCACUGAGACAUGCAACUGGCCUCAACAGGAGGGGAAAAGGUUCUGAUUCUGAUUUAGGUGCUUUGGGACAGACAGAAAGUGGAAAUUCUGAUUUAGAGCUAAAACUAAGGGAUUUUGUUGCGAAAAUUGAGCGUAAAGAGUGUGUCAAAGGAUUAAAGAUUGCUCCAGCGGAUAAGAUUGAUGCUUUGGGUUCGUCUGUGAAGACAAACUGCAAGAGGAAAAAUUCUUCACAAAAAGUGGAGGUUCAAGAAGCUGGUUUUACUAAAACUGGACGCUCCUCCUCGACUUCACUUUUAGAGAUGCAAGAUCAAAGGGGACAAGAAGCAAGCAAGCUGCAGAUAAUGGAGGGGGGAAAGUCACAGGCAAAAGAUAUUCAGAAGGUUGAAGUUGCUACUAUUGGCAAGAAUUCAAUUUUGAAUGUAUCUCUGAAGCCGCAGAAGCAGAAGGGAAAGAGGAAAAUCAAGUUAGAUACGCCUCAGUUCCAAGAACCAGCUUUCCCUUUUAUCAGAGUUGUUUCAGAUUCUUCUAUUUCAAAAUCCAAAAGCAAACAAAAAUCUGGAGUCAGCACUGACAUUGUCGUUUUCAAUCAGUCUUUGAGCAGGAAGGUCCCAAAGAGACUAAUUCACUCUGGCCAGUGUGAAGCCAAAGAGCAAAUUGUUGCUCAUGAUGACGGCAAAAGUUUUGUUUCAGGCACACGGAAGAAAAGGAGGAGAACAAAUUUUCCAAGCACCUUAAAGAUAGAAGAUUCAGCUGUUCAUAUGGAAGUCUCAAAUUUGCCAGGGAAUGCAAAUGACAACGGAAGUAAGGAAAAUCUUCAGAUCAUCAAGUUCUACUCCGAUGAUGAUUCCCAAAGUAAGGCUUUAGUUCUGUAUGAUAAUUCCCAAAGUCAGGCUUUAGUUCCGUAUGAUGAUUCCCAAAGUAUGGCUUCAGUUCCGUUGCCUUAUACAGGUAUUGAGUUGAUGAAAUUGAAAUUAAUUGAUCUGAGGGCCAUUGCCAAGGAACAGAAAUUGAUAAAGUAUCAUAAGCUUCCAAAACAGGUGCUGGUUAAACUAUUAGUGGACCAUUUGGGCAUUCACUCUUGUCAGUGUGAAGCCAAAGAGCAAAGUGUUGCUCAUGAUGACAGCAAAAGUUUUGUUUCAGGCACACGGAAGAAAAGAAGGAGAACAAAUUUUCCAAGCACCUUAAAGAUAGAAGAUUCAGCUGUUCAUAUGGAACUCUCAAAUUUGCCUGGGAAUGCAACUGACAACGGAAGUAAGGAAAAUCUUCAGAUCAUCAAGUUCUACUCCGAUGACGAUUCCCAAAGUAAGGCUUUAGUUCUGCAUGAUAAUUCCCAAAGUAAGGCUUUAGUCCCGUAUGACGAUUCCCAAAGUAUGGCUUCAGUUCCGUUGCCUUAUAAAGGUGUUGACUUGAUGAAAUUGAAAUUAAUUGAUCUGAGGGCCAUUGCCAAGGAACAGAAAUUGAUGGAGUAUCAUAAGCUUCCAAAACAGGUGCUUGUUAAACAACUAGUGGACCAUUUGGGCGGACUGGGUUAUUGCUGAAGUUACAAGUUGUACAUAUUUUCCUGUUCUCUUGUUUUCAUAGGUGUUCCUAUAGAUGCCACCCUUCCUAACCGUCCGAGUCUCCGACGAUUUUGAAUGGUUCAGUUGUUCUACAGAGGACUCUUGAGGUAAAAUCUCCAUCAUCAGUAAUGGGAACUCAAGAAAAGGUUGAAAAAGAAAAGAAAAGAAAAAAAGGAAGAAAUUUACAGUGAGUGACGUGGUUCUGACAGGAUUUAGAAAUUUCAUGACAUUGUGUUUCAUAUCUUACAGUGAAGUAGUUACUGAUAAUGACGAAAAUAUUGUAUGUCA